CGCCCCGCCCCCCACCUUCCCAGCAUAAAAACGCGGGCUCCCGGCCCUCCGCUGAGAUGAAAUUUCCCGUUCCGGCGGCUCCGGUUCCAGCGGCGCAGGGCUUCGCGGUUUCGCUUUCCCGGCGCGUCCCUCCAGCGGCGGUGCCCGUCUCCAGGGUCCAGCCUGCGCACCCCAGGCCGGACGCUGCUCAACUCCUGUGACUGCACGUGUGCGCGCCGCCACCCGCGCUCACAGCCCGGCCACCUUUGCCGAGAAACCCGCACCGCGGCACCGUCGUGGCCAUAAGCCCUCCGCCCACAUCUGUGACCCCUGCACCCGUGACAGCGGGGCCACACCUGUGACGCCGGCCACGCGCCUGUGGCCGCCCACGAGCAGCCCUUCCCUCCCCGGUGGGAACGCCUGCUUGCCACCCCUGACCACAGACCCUCGCGGCGGGAGCCAUGGCCGCUGACCCCGAGAGGGGGGCCCCGCGCGUGCUGUUCGCAGACUGGCUCCUGGGCGAGGUCAGCAGCGGCCGCUACGAGGGGCUGCGGUGGCUGGACGCCGCCCGCACUCGCUUCCGCGUGCCCUGGAAGCACUUCGCGCGGAAGGACCUGGGCGAGGCUGAUGCCGGCAUCUUCAAGGCCUGGGCGCUGGCGCGCGGCAGGUGGCCGCCCAGCAGAGGCGCAGGUGACCUGCCGGCCCCCGAGGGCCAGCUCCUGGCGGCCUGGAAAACCAACUUCCGCUGUGCCCUGCGCAGCACCAAGCGCUUCGUGAUGCUGCACGACAACUCGGGAGACCCCACCGACCCGCACAAAGUGUUCACGCUCAGCUCCGAGGAGGGGUGCGGAGGAAGCCCAGGCGCUGGCCAGGGGGACCGCAAGGCUCUUGAAGAUGCCCCACCCGCCAGGGGGGCGCUCCCUGGGCCAUGCCUGGCAGGAGAUGCUGGGGCGAGUCCUGGGCCUGGACCAGCCAGGUGGAGCCCGGUGCCCGGUGCGCCCAGCCCCCUCGUGACCGAGGACCUCCUGCUGGAGGCCCUGCAGCAGAGCCGCCUGGAGCAAGUGCUGGAGGCUCAGGCCGCGGCCCCACUCCUUCCGGCAGCCUGUGCUGUCCCCCUGCCGCCCUCAGGUCCAGAGCUGCCUACCGGGCAACUGGAACUUUCAUGGGCUGUGGAGGCCCCCAGACCCAGGUCACAGCCCCAGGCCCAGAUGACAGAUGCAGGUCCAGCCCCCGAGGCCUGGCAGCCCCCACCUGAGGUGGAGCCCUGCACCCCACUGGCAGGGGCCCCCUACCCACAGCUCGGCCUGCACGCAGAGCCCAGCCUGGGGGCCCUGCACGUGACCAUCAUGUACAAGGGCCGCACGGUGCUGCAGGAGACAGUCGGGCGCCCCAGCUGCAUGCUCCUGUACGGCCCCCCUGGCUUUGCUAUGCAGGCCCCGGAGGCCCAGCUGGUGGCCUUCCCCUGCCCCACCCAGCUCCCUGACCAGAAGCAGCUCCACUACACAGAGAAGCUGCUCCAGCACGUAGCCCCCGGCCUGCGGCUCCAGCUCCGCAGGACUGGGCUGUGGGCCCAGCGCCUGGGCAAAUGUAAGGUCUACUGGGAGGUGGGCAGCCACCUGGGUUCCGACAGCCCCUCAGCCCCUGCCUGCCUGCUGGAGCGGAACCGUGACACCUGCAUAUUCGACUUUGGCACCUUCUUCCGAGGUCAGUGGCGCCCACUCUGGGAUGAAAGUCCUUCCCGCCCUCCUGUCCCGGGCCCUCCACUCACCAAGCCCCACCCUGCAGAGCUGAUGGAAUUCCAGGCCCGCAGGCGCCAGGACUCCCCACACUACACCGUCUACCUGGGCUUCGGGCAGGACCUGUCGGCCCGGAGGCCCAAGGAGAGGAACCUGGUCCUGGUGAAGCUGGAGCCGUGGCUGUGCCAGGCGUCCCUGGAGCGCGUGCAGAGGGAGGGCGCAUCCUCCCUGGACAGCAGCAGCCUGGGCCUCUGCCUGUCCAGCUUCAACAGCCUGUAUGAGGACCUGGAGCACUUCCUGGAUUACUUCAUGGAGGUGGAGCAGCCAGCCUAGGCCGCCACGGGCCGCCCUGACCCAAUAAAGAGCGCUAUGAGCCGG